CGUGCUUGUGUAUGUGUGUGUCAGAGGGAGAGAGAGAGAGAGAUGUGAGGAAAAGAGAGUCGUACAUUGCGAUUCAGGACUCCUGAAUCUUGACAGCUUGCGCGUGAAGUGAGGAAUGGAUAUCUGAAGCCAAAUCGCAUCAUAAUUGUUCGCAUGUGGGAAUAACAAUUAAUGUUAUCGUUAGAUAUCAAGAAGAAAACGACGAAUUCAGAUUGUUUUCUCUUUUGUGCAUAGACGAAGAGGAGUCAUCUGUGAAUGAGAGAGACUGGGAGCUGAUGAGAAGUCGUGUCAACGGAUGGUUUUAUCUUAUUUUGCGUAUUUUUAUCCAGUCUGGAGGAAAGGACUUUAAAAUGAGUCGCCAUGACAAUAGAGGACCCGCGUCUCCCGCGCUUAGUUAGCCGCUAAUGCGUUAUACGCAUUUGUUUCUGUUGUUGUUUUAUUUUAUCGUUUCCCUACCUCCGUUACUGUGAUAAGAUAUGUGCUAACCUCGCCGUCGGGAGAGACAAGGGUGUUGUCAGAAAAAAAGAAAGAGGAGGGGGUUGAGAGGUGUUUUUUCCUCAUUUUUGUUAUUUUUUUAUUUUCACUCCCCUUCAUUUUUUACUUUCUUUUCAUUUCUUGGGCUGCUUUGCGAAAGAGACUGACGCGAAGAAGGUAAAUUGAUGUGCGCGAGCCUGCGACACAUUCAUGACGAAUUACCUGUGAAUAAAAGACACCAAUGGCAUAACGCCGACUUCAAGACCCAAGUCUGAAAAUCACCGGAACCUUUGAAGAGGGGAAACUAAUAAGCAAGACGCAACCGAAAGCGUGUUGAAGUAACAUCACCAUGAAGUUCUUUAGCCUUCUGAGUCAGCAGGCCUUUUGUUCGCUCCACUGAGGAAUCUCCCUCCUUCACUUCUUCAUAUACUGCACCCCAACGUUGUCGUCAUCAGGGCGGCCUAAAAACUCCCUCACGCUCUUCUGUUUCGCAUCUUUCACCCAUCACUGGGGCGUAACUGACCCCAGUAGAAUCAUGUCAUUGGUGGGCGUGGCACCAUCGCGUCGGGAGUCAGGACGCUCCUGCCCGCGCCGCGUAUCUGACGCUUGCAUAGUGUGGCUGUUGGGACUGGCGCUGCGUCUGACGCUCUCCUCCUGCCAGCGGGCAGACCUCACCGCCGCCAAGCACCCCAUGGUCACCACAGGCUACGGAAAGAUUCGGGGCAUACGCAAAGAGUUGAACAACGAAAUCCUAGGCCCGGUCGAGCAGUACUUGGGCGUCCCCUACGCCACCCCCCCUAUAGGCGAAAGACGGUUCCAGCCUCCGGAGGCACCAGGGUCCUGGCAGGAGAUCCGUAACGCUACCCAGUUUGCACCAGUGUGCCCUCAGAAUAUCCAUGGGGUGUUGCCUGAGAUCAUGCUUCCCGUAUGGUUCACGGACAACCUGGAUGCAGCCGCAGCAUAUGUGCAGAACCAGAGUGAAGACUGUCUUUACCUCAACGUUUACGUCCCCACUGAGGACGGUCCGCUCACAAAAAAACACGAUGAGUCUACGAUGAACAGGCCGAGGGACGAAGAUAUUAGAGAUCGUCGGAAGAAGCCUGUGAUGUUGUUUAUCCACGGAGGUUCAUACAUGGAGGGAACGGGAAACAUGUUUGACGCCAGCGUUCUUGCCGCCUAUGGAAACGUGAUUGUCGUCACUAUGAACUACAGAUUGGGAGUUUUGGGUUUUCUGAGCACUGGAGAUCAGUCGGCGAAGGGGAAUUAUGGGCUGUUGGACCAGAUUCAGGCUCUUCGCUGGCUUAAUGAGAACAUCGGCCACUUUGGAGGAGACCCAGAGAGAAUCACCAUAUUUGGAUCCGGGGCCGGAGCAUCAUGCGUCAACCUUCUCAUCCUGUCCCAUCACUCUGAAGGUCUGUUCCAGAGGGCUAUUGCUCAGAGCGGCACAGCCAUAUCCAGCUGGUCGGUGAACUACCGUCCGCUGACGUACACCAAGAUCCUGGCCAAGAAGGUGGGCUGCAGCUACAGCGACACUGCCGAUCUUGUGGACUGUCUGAGGAGGAAGAGCUUCAGGGAGCUUGUGGAACAGGACAUCCAACCGGCGCGCUACCACAUCGCAUUCGGGCCGGUGCUGGAUGGAGAUGUGGUCCCCGACGACCCUGAGAUUCUCAUGCAGCAGGGGGAGUUUCUGAACUACGACAUCCUACUGGGGGUGAACCAGGGCGAAGGGCUGAAAUUUGUGGAUGACAGCGAGGGCGAGGAUGGGAUUUCUGCUGCUUCGUUCGAUUACACCAUAUCCAACUUUGUGGACAACCUGUACGAAUAUCCAGUCGACAUACUUCGGGAGACUAUAAAGUUUAUGUACACUGAUUGGGCUGACCGUGAUAACGGUGACAUGCGGCGUAAAACUCUCCUCGCGCUUUUUACCGACCACCAGUGGGUGGCGCCGGCCGUGGCUACGGCGAAGCUGCACGCUGAGUUCCAGUCACCCGUUUAUUUUUACACCUUCCAUCACCACUGCCAGACGGAGGCACGACCCGAGUGGGCAGAUGCGGCGCACGGCGAUGAGAUCCCAUACGUGUUCGGCGUUCCCAUGGUGGGAGCCACAGAUCUGUUUCCCUGCAACUUUUCCAAGAACGACGUCAUGCUCAGUGCCGUGGUUAUGACAUACUGGACAAACUUCGCCAAGAGCGGUGAUCCGAACGUUCCUGUACCGCAGGAUACAAAAUUCAUCCACACCAAGCCAAAUCGCUUCGAGGAAGUGAUCUGGACAAAGUUCAGCCCUAAGGACAAGCAGUACCUGCACAUCGGACUGAAGCCUCGCAUCCGUGACAAUUACCGUGCCAACAAGGUGGCUUUCUGGCUCGAACUGGUUCCGCAUCUUCACACCCUAACGAUCACGUAUUCAACCACAGGACUGCCCCCCGGAGGACGCGAACGGCCUGGCUGGAAGGGUCCGGCCCAGAGCCCUGGCACACGAUCCACGCGCCACCCCACGGUCUCCACCUACCCUCCCGAUUCCUCCGACCUGGAGGGUUCUGAACGCCCUCGCAUCUCCCCCUUCCCGGAACAGACGCGAGACUAUUCGACCGAGCUGAGCGUGACGGUGGCGGUCGGGGCGUCUCUGCUCUUCCUCAACGUGCUGGCGUUUGCCGCGUUGUACUACAAACGCGACAAGCGCCACGAGCUGCUUCAACGGCGUCACCGGCGCCUCUCGCCCCAGCGUGGAGCGGGGCCAGGUGUGGGCAUCGUUGGAGCCCCGCCCCAUAAUGACCUGGCACUUAGCCAGGAGGAGGAACUCAUGUCCUUGCAGAUGAAGCAACAGAGGGUGGAGCUCGAUCAUGGCACCCCACGUGGUCUGCACGGUGACCUGGAGCCCCUGAGACCGCCCGUGUGCCCGCCGGAUUACACUCUGGCGUUGAGACGGGCGCCCGAGGAUGUGCCUCUCAUGACGGCUAAUGCCCUUUCUAUGAUCCCUAGCACCAUUACUGGCAUGCAACCACUGCAUGCCUUCAACACAUAUCCACCUGCACCUGCACCGAGUGCUGGGCACAGCAACAACGCCCUGCCCCAUCAACACUCCACCACACGGGUAUAGUAGUGGUCUCGGUUAGAGGGGACCAGGCCCACUACUUUUAGGACCUUGAGUACUAAAAGUGGUGCUUUAGUGGAUACUGUCCCAAUGCACCACUGGCAUCCUUUUUAACUCGAAUCCCUACCCAGCACACACUCUCUCUCUCUCUCUCUCUCUCUCUCUCUCUCUCUUUCUUAUUUUCGUGCUGUUGUCUUUUUUGGAUUGAGCAGACUGAGCUCCUUUAUUUUUGUUCCCCUGUUUUUUUACCCAUGUUUCAUUGCCAUCUUCCCAACUUCUUUGCUGUAGCCGUUUCUAGUCCCCCCCCCCCAAAAAAACAUUUUUUUCCUACUUCGGACUGUUUUAUAAAUGAAGAAAGCAUACGUGUAUAAUAUGUAUUACUGAUUAUAAGGCUAUGAAUGAAAAACGAUUCUACUAUCUAAUUUUUACCAGCAUUCUUGUGCCAAGUACUGUGACCGUCGUCCAAUCAGACGCAGGCUCGUGGACAGACACGGAAAGGAUCGCCUGAACUGGAUCUAAUCGAGGAAUUUGCAGAAUUGAGAAAAGUGCCAAAUUUAUUUCGUCUUUUGUUUUCUUUUCUGUGUUCUUUUCUGUUUAUUUUAGCUUUUUGUUUUGCACUAUCACUGUUAUUUGCCUAUGGGCAGUAAUGAAAAAAGUAUUCUUAAAUUUAUCUUGCCCGCGCUUUGGAAAAUUUGCAUGAUUUAUUUUUUAAGAGGAGAAAAAUGGACAGGUGAACAACAGCGUUUAUUCCACAAGACUCUUCUUUUUUCUUUUUUCUCCGUCUAUCUCUUUUUUACAUCAGCUCUUAAUUUGGAGAUUCUUUUCUCUCUGUAGAUACGUGAUCAUAUCCGGAAAUGAAAACUGAUUCUUGACGAUAGCAAACGGGAUAAACGGUUCCCUUUCUUUUCGUUUAUAAUUACGAAAGCCGUACCACAAAGCAGAUCCACCUCUCCCCUCCUCUUUACUGUAAACCCCCACGUUUCUCUCUGCUCCGUACCAUCACGAUAACUUAAGGAACGGUCACUGUGCUACGCUGGCUCUCCAUAAAAACUCGGACCCGGCACCUGCGCUCGUCUCUGCACAGCUGGAUUCUUUUAUCCGGAGCCCUAUCCAGAAUAUUCCUUUCGCUCCCUGACACUAACCUUUGAGCGAUUGUCUCAGUUUGAACUCACUCGACCUGAUUCAACCUCUGGAAGUCUCUCUUUUACGGUGGGAGCGGAUGAGGUCCGAGUGCUUGAAACGGGACAGAUGGGUCUCUGAGAAAACUGAAAAGCUUCUGGAAGCGGUUCAUGCAUAACACGGAUGAACUCAGAGGUGGUAGAGGUGUCUUCCCUCGGGCCACUUAAAUAUACAUUUAAUAUCCGUACAGGAAAGUAACUGUGCACAUUGAUCUCAUUUUCACCGUCUGUUUGGUUUGAUUUGUUUUGUCUUGUUUCUGUCAGUGGAAGGACGAAAGCCGCUGAACACACUUUCUGUCACGCCCGAAUCUCAAUCCUGACAAAAAAAGAAACAAACACAAGAUGCAAAAUGUACAUUUUUUAUAAAUGUAGGAGAUGGUCUUUGUAAAUAUUUUGUUUCUUGUUGGGCCAAUCGUAUCCACUGUAAAAACAGGUGCAAGCUCAUUCAGCCAAUCGCCACUCUUCUCCACUCACAAUCCUGAAUAACUUUAUUAGAUGUCAGUUUGCUUGAUUUUAAAGAUGCUUUUCGGGAGUGUGCACUGAAAUGACAUUCAGUUGUAGUGAAUGUUGAGGGAAUCGGGAAUAAAACACGUAUAUAUAUUUAAGAAUAAGCGUGGUUGAUGGGUGCAUUUGGAUUUGAAAUUUGCUGCAAAACCCGAUGUGCUUUAGUCUUCAGGGACAAUACGUCAGGCUAGAUGGAAGAACCGGGGCCAAAACGAGACAAUAUUGGCUGAAAGCUAGCCAUCAUCGGUUAUACACGUAUAUAUACAAGAUUUGAUUUCCUCAUAAGAGGCUUUGAGAUAUAAAACGAGUGCUCGAGUCGGCACCGUUUUUUCGAGGGCCCUGCUGUUUGCGUUUCUCUCCUGGGUUUUCUUUACAACGCUUCAGUGAAGGAGAUGACACCGUGGGAUUGUUGUUGUUUCUCUAAGUUCUUGGAAAUUUAGCGUUACCCAAACCAUUCGAGAUUGGCUGGGGUGGGAGUUCUAGUUUAUCUCUUUGUUGUGAAUUUGAGCUGCAUAUAUUUCAAAGUAGAGAAUUUAAACAGUUCAUAUUUUUCUACAAAAUAACAGGAGAGGAUUCUACUGGCAACUAACAGACAUAUAAAGCACAUUUUCGCCAGACGCAUAUGGUGAUAUUUUUUGUCUGGUUUGCCUGUGUAUUAUAGAGGAUUUAAAAAAAAAAUCAGAAAAACAACUGUUCAGUAUUAAUGCUUGGUCGCCAAAAAAGACUUGCACCUGUUGAGUUUUAUUUUGUUGAAUUUCAGCAACGUUUAAAGGCUUGAGGUAAGGGGACUGUAUGACCGUAACGGGUCUAAAAAAUUCAUAUUUCUAUUUCCUAUACAGGCUACUACACACUGUAUGUUGUGUAUCUGAACUGGACAACAUUAAAACAGGUUAUUAAACAUACGGGCACAUU